CUCUUCACCACCAUCUUCUCCGCCGGUAACACCUACGUCUACUGCGCGACCCGGUCCCUGUACAGCUUGGCGCUCGACGGUCGCGCCCCGGCUCUGCUCCGCAAGACCACCAAGAACGGUGUGCCCGUCUACUGCUUCGCCGUCACCAUGAUCUUCCCCUUGCUCUCCUUCCUGCAGUGUGGCAGCGGCUCCGCAAAGGUGCUCAACUGGCUGCUGGCCCUCAUCACGGGCGGCGGCGUCAUCAACUACCUCGUCAUGUCCAUCACGUACAUCAACUUUUACCACGCGUGCAAGGCCCAGGGUCUCGACCGCAAGACGCUGCCCUACUGCGGAUACCUCCAGCCCUACGGCGCCUACGUUGCUCUCUUCUUGCAGACCAUUGUCAUCCUCGUCUACGGAUGGUCCGCCUUCCGCCCCAAGUUCGAUGUCGGAGGCUUCUUCUCCAACUACACGAUGCAGCUUGUCGCGCCUCUCCUGUUCAUCUUCUGGAAGGUCCUCAAGCGCACUCACUGGCUCAAGCCCCAUGAGGUGGACUUGACGUGGGACCGUCCCAUUAUCGAGGCCUAUGAGCAGCACGCUAUGGUGCACGAGCCCCCUACCACCUUCUGGAGGGAGAUGCUCCAGAUGAUUGGCAUUGGUCGCAACAAGGUGAUCAAGGGCGAGAAGGCUUGA